AUGCAGAUACUAUCAGCUGUUCAUUAUUGCCAUCAGAAAGGAAUUGUGCACAGAGAUCUCAAGGCAGAAAACCUUCUGUUAGAUAAAGACUUGAACAUUAAGAUUGCAGACUUUGGAUUUAGCAACGAAUUCAAGAUCGGUUACAAGUUGGAUACGUUCUGCGGCAGUCCACCUUAUGCUGCUCCAGAACUUUUCCAAGGCAAGAAGUAUGACGGUCCGGAAGUUGAUGUGUGGAGUCUGGGUGUCAUUUUGUACACGCUCAUAUCUGGUUCACUACCUUUUGAUGGCAGUAACNUCAAGUCAAAAGAGUUGAAACGCCAAAAAAUCACAUUGCAGGAGCUUCGCGAGCGAGUGUUGAAGGGCAAGUACCGAAUACCAUUCUACAUGUCCAGUGAGUGUGAACACUUCCUCAAGAAGUUCCUCGUUAUCAACCCUUCUAAGAGGAUUACACUUGAUGUAUGUUGUUUCUGUCGUUGUGCUGGUUUUGUUGUCUGUGCCAUGAAAGAAAAGUGGAUGAAUGUUGGAUUCGAGGGUACCGAGAUGGAGCCAUAUAAGGAGGUGCCUGGCACCAUUGAUGAGAAGAGAGUUGUAACAAUGGCGAAGAUGGGGAUAGGCCGAGGACAGAUUGAGCAGUCGCUGAACAUGUUGAGGUUUGACAGGGUCUAUGCCACAUAUCAUCUUCUUGGUAUUCCAACACAACAGAAAGUCGACCUGCCGACGCAUCUGUCGGGUCCCGUACACUACAGACCAAGUCCUGUCUAUUCUGUUGAGACAUCGUCUCGCAACAGCAAUUACUGCAGCAACAACAAUCAAAGUAGCAUCACCAACAACACAAACACCAACACGUUAAGCAACAACUACAGCAAUAACAACAAUGGAAACAGCGGUAAUAGCAGCAGCAGCAACAAAUAUAGCAGCAUUCAUCCAUCAUUGUUGUUGACGUCUACGACACCGUCGACGACAUCUGCAACAACCACCAGAUCGAACAUGAUUACGAAUGGAGGUAGACACCAUCAGAGUAGGCCACAUACGUUCGUUCUCCCACCUCCUCCACCUCUCCCGUCCUCUUCACUGCUACCCUCGUCGUCCUCUUCGUCGGCAAGCAAGCAGAACAACAGGAAUGGAAUCAACAGCAACAAUAACAAUCAAUUCGAAAUCGUGACCUGCGUGCUGCCGACCAAGCAAUCAGCCCACAACAAGUACAUGACCACGGCUCCAAAUGCUUCAUCGAAAGAUUACCACUGUGACGUCAUUGAGGCCAUCAAUGGAACUCUACCUCGCAAAUAUUCUGAAGACUUGAAGGCAAAGGAGAAGAAAGCAGCAUAUAGAGCAGCAGCAUCAGAUACGUACACACACAGACGAACACACUCAGUGGCGGGAAGUCAUUCCAGAUCACACCACUACCCUCCACCUGCUUCACCCACAUCUCCUCUACCCAGUACCUCUCAUUUCAACCCACUAACACUGAGUAGCAAGUCGAAUCGAACGGCUGCCCUGCACCAGCAGAUGAACGCGGCAGAUGUCAGCAACAAGACUCCAUCGUCUCCACCGCCAUCUCUACCACAUUCUGUGCCUUGCAACAUCACGGUCAUCAACAACUCCUUCGUAUCAACCCCAAGAAGUGUGUGGACAAAUCGUAGUUCAUCUCGUUCCACCUCGACAACCACGAACAAUCGCUUCCCACGUCAGCAGCCAACAAGGCAGAGCACGGUGGGCUGCACGGGGGGCCGCAUAGGGUCGCCCAUCUCCAAUGAUGCAAACAUCAGCCCUCCAAAUUAUCAGAGCAGCAACAAGAGUGCAGGACCCAUUUCUUUCUUUAACAAAUUAACCCUCAAGUUCAAAAAGUGAUUGCCGUGUUGAUCUUUGCAUGAGGAGACUACGUUUAAUAUAUAUUUCGUGA